GUUAUGAGUUUUCCAGUUGUUUGACGGUUACCCUACGUUGCCAUGACAACAAAGAGCUUUAUCAAUGGCUACAGAUGAAGAAAAAUGUAAAGUGGCAAAAUUACUGCAUGAUUUAGAAGUGCCCGAGCUAAAAAUGCUCGAACGAUGCUCUGGAUUAGUGAAAGAAUUUGAGCAGAAAUAUGGACUGGAAAUGGAAAGUGAGGUUUUAGUAGAAGAGAUUUACGAUAAUCCUUAUGUUGUCGAUAAGAAGUUAUUGGAUGAGAAUGAGAGGAAGUUACGAGAGCUGUUAGCUGAGAAUAAGCGAGCCAAAAAACAGUUGCCAGAGAACGUUUUUUCUGGACCCGAUCCGAAACGACCGUGGCGUACACAAUCUUGCAAAGAAAAGCUUAUGCGUAUCGACAAUGAUAUCAAAAGACUUUUGGAAAAGAGCAAUCAGUCUAUCGACCCCCUUAAAGAAGAAGAAAUGCAAGAUCUGUUGAAUGAAUGUAGGGAAGAGACACUGCGUAACCCGCCCGUAAACCCAGACCGGCUCCGGGAAUCGGUGGACGAGGCACGGAAGAAUCUACCUAAUUUCCAAUACCGCACGAUUGAGAAUAGCACAGCAACAAUAAUUCUCCCUAAUGCUCACGAAAUUAACUCUGAAGUGCUUAUCAAAGAAUUUCCUUAAUUAUAUUUCAUGGCAGCGAACUGUGAAUCUUACCCUAAGUAGCAUUUUAAAACGUCUUGAUAAUUUAUCUUCAAAUAAUUAUGACUAUAAGUAGUCAUUUCGAUGAUAAUAUGGAUUCGAUUUUAUAAAAACUGU